UCCACAUACCGGGAGCUUCUUUCAGGAACUGAACUACACAAGCUCCUGGCACGUGGAGCGAAUCGCCGGUCGUGGUGUGCCAGCGUGCCGAACAACACUCGUGAUACAAACUACCGACAUCCUACGUAGAAGUCGCUGUAGUAUCUGAGUGUAUUUGUGUUUAACUGCUUUCGCACCGUACAAAGUGAACCGCACUCAUCGGAGGUGCGGGGAAGGACAAAGUAAACACUUAAAGCAGUUCUAAAGAAAUGCGUUUUCAAUCUAGAUGAUUUAAACGUGCAUAGCGCCAGUGGCUUCUUAAUAUCGGAAGGAAAAACGUUCCAGACGGCCGCAGAAGCGCAUCUGAAAGCGCGUGACCCGGUGACCGUCUUUGUUCGAUGGUCAGCCAAAAGCUGCCUCUGCGAGGCUGGACCGGAGUUCACGUGAUGAUGGUUUACACUCCUUGACGAGAUCACCGAGGUAAAGUUGUCCUUUACUUUUGUAAAAUGUUUUCUCUCUAUUGAUCGUUUGGGUGCGUCUUCUCUAAUGCCUUACGUGUACUUUGUCCACAAGGGCCCUCGAGACCUCCUUCGCGGCCGUGACAAGGGCCGGCCGGCCGCACUCCCGGGCCGGAUAGACCCAGGCGACAAGGGCCCUCCCGCUCACUUUAUAACCGCUCCCGCGCACGGCCCCGCGUGCCCCCCACCGCCCCCCUCACAGGCUGUUACAGCCGAGACUACAACCACGGACUCCUCCGCGACAACCCCAUCAACCAAAGCCAUGCGCGGGACAGUGCUGCUCUUCCUCCUACUCGGCCUGCUGGCUGCCAGCGAGGCACGCAAGAAGAGGUCCAAGGGAGAUGGGUUUGGGGAACACAUCGACUGGGUGCCCACGCUGGAGAUGGGUCUGGAGAAAGCCAAGGCCAGUGGAAAGCCGCUCAUGCUCGUUCUGCACAAGGAUUGGUGUCCCCGCUGCCAGGAUUUGAAGCCUCAGAUUUCCGGGAGCACGAAGAUUUAUCGAAUGAGCGGGGACUUUGUGAUGGUUCAGACAGAGGAGGACCCCAAAGGAGACCAAUUUGCGUUGGACGGACACUACGCCCCGCGCAUCUUGUUUCUCCAUCCAAAUGGGCAGGUGAUGAAAGAGGUCUACAACAAGAGUGCCCAUCAGUACAAGUAUUACUACUCUCUGAGCAAACAAAUUGAGGAAUCCAUGGACAAGGCGAAAGAGUUGGCCUACCGUGAGCUGUAGUGACUACACCACAACCAACACCACCACCACCAUCAUCAUCAUCAUCGGACCACCGUCGUCUCCACGUGAUACCACCGUGACAGCUGCCCUGCUGCCUACUUUGUUGCGAAGCCAUCACCAGAAUCGCCGCACGUCUCUCUGUCUCGAUACGUUCACACCUCAAGCACGCCACACUAACUCAACGAACACGCUCGACAACGUUGGGCUAACGUUAUUUUUGGCACGUAGUCAAAACCAGUUGUUGUGUCCAACGAUUGCGCUCAAUGUUGGUCAGGUUUACUGGGGUAAAGCUCUGCUUGCCUACCUACACACGUGUGUGUGUGUGUGUGCUGAGCUGUGCAGAGGAUCUGUAAAUAAAGAAAACCGUCAUGGUAACGUGGAAUUUCAACGGCGCACCUCCUCCUCACUCACUCGCGUCGUUAAACCAAGAAGCGCCGCGCAAAGUGGUUGCACAUCGCGAUCGAUAAUCACGACGACAGCGGCCACAACACCAUAGACCAUUCACUGUACAAAGGAACGUGCAAAUUAAAAACAUACAACCAAAA